AUGUUUGGCCUGAGAGAUAGAAGACACUCCUUGACACCUUGUCCUUCCAUCACAAACACCCCAACACUCCCUUCCCCUUCCCUGUGCCUGGACAACCAAAUCUGUGAUGAGGACUCUGCAAUGGAGGAGGUGGAGGAGAAUCCUGACAACAAUGAAAACAAGGAUGACCAGCCUUCCAGUAACGAGAAUGAGGAUGAUCAGCCAUCUGGUAGUGAGAAUGAGGAUGACCUGCCAUCUGGUAGCAAGAAAGAGGAUGACCAGCUGCCUGGUAGUGAUGACAAUGACAAGGGUUCUGAUUACAAUGAGAAUGAGAAUGACAACAAGGAGACAGAGAGCUCGAGUGACUCCUGUGAUGAUGAUGAUGCACAUGCUUGCAAUGCUCAGACCAUAUCUUGUGCCCAGUCCCUGCUUCCCCCAUCCUUGCCACCCACAUACAAGUCUGAUGACUCUGCCCAUCCUGUAGGGGAUGUUGUCCAUCCUCACCAAGAAGGUGGCCUGAUCUAUACUAGACUUCAGAAGAAGGGCAAAGGUCGGGCUAUAGAUGCUGAGGACAUUGAUGCUGCAAACCACAGUGACCAUCACACCCAACUCCUGAACCUCAAGAAGCCAGGGAAUCUGUCCACAGCAGCAUUAGACGAAAUACAUGCUUUUGUGAAGGAUAUCAAGACGAUGGCAGAAGAACUUGGCUGA